AAAAAAGGUUAAUUAAAUUUUCUUCAAGAUGACUAUGCAAGGACUGUCAAUGGCUAGUAUCAAAAAGAAUCCAGCACUCUUGCCUUUAUACGUUUGUAUUGUUGCUGGCAUGGCUGGAGCUGGUUAUUAUCUCCUCCGUUUGGCAACUAGAUCACCCGAAGUUACAUGGAGCCACAAGAAUAAUCCAGAACCAUGGGAACACUAUCGUAACAAGCAAUAUAAAUUCUACAGUCCAAUUCGUGACUACUCAAAAACCGAAUCACCUGCACCAAAAUAUAAUGAAUAAGCAGUAGCAAUUCCAACCAGUUUAAAGAAUGAAAUUUUUUCGCUAUAAAAAUUUCUCGUCAAAGCAAAAAGUAGAUCAUCGUUUCAAUCGGGCGAAUAGUUCAAAUGGGUUAAAUUUUUAGUAGAUAGAAGAAAAUCUCGUUUACCAAAAUUCGAUUCGUAUUACUUUUAAGAAUUCUCUUAUGUAAAUAAUCAAUCGGCGAAAUUUAUGUAUAUUUUUUUCAAUAAAAAUAUUUCGGAAUUGUAGAACAACCUAUUCUGUUCAUUA